GUAUCGUUGAGCGGAGUGAUAAAACUGUUAAUGAUCUGACUGGUGUUCUAGCGUGAGUUUCUGUGUCAUGGAAUUAAAUGAAGACGGAGCCGUGGAAAAUAUAUCCCUCUGAUUACGUUACAAACGUACUCACCCAAGAGAAGUUCUUCCCGUUGUGAAGGUACAGCCCGUUUGGAGAGAAAAUGUCGGACAAGAUGUCUAGUUUUCUGCACAUUGGGGACAUUUGUUCCCUCUAUGCUGAAGGGUCAACCAAUGGAUUUAUCAGCACUUUAGGGCUAGUCGAUGACCGUUGUGUGGUACAGCCUGAUGCAGGGGACCUCAGCAACCCUCCAAAGAAGUUUCGAGAUUGCCUCUUCAAGCUGUGCCCCAUGAACAGGUACUCUGCACAGAAACAGUUCUGGAAGGCUGCGAAACCGGGUGGAAACAGCACAACCGACACGGUGCUUCUGAACAAGCUGCAUCAUGCUGCUGAUCUGGAAAAGAAGCAAAACGAGUCUGAAAACCGAAAGCUGCUGGGAACGGUGAUACAGUACGGGAACGUCAUUCAGCUGCUGCAUUUGAAGAGUAAUAAAUACUUGACAGUGAACAAGCGUCUGCCUGCCCUGCUGGAGAAGAACGCCAUGAGGGUGAUGCUGGAUGCUGCCGGAAACGAGGGCUCCUGGUUCUACAUCCAGCCUUUCUACAAGCUUCGCUCCAUUGGGGACAGUGUGGUGAUUGGAGACAAAGUGGUCCUUAACCCCGUGAAUGCUGGUCAGCCUCUUCACGCUAGCAGUCACCAGCUGGUUGACAACCCAGGAUGCAAUGAGGUUAAUUCAGUGAACUGCAAUACCAGCUGGAAAAUAGUCCUGUUCAUGAAAUGGAGUGACAACCAGGAAGUCAUUUUGAAAGGGGGUGACGUGGUGCGGCUGUUUCAUGCAGAGCAGGAGAAGUUCCUGACCUGUGAUGACCACCGGAAGAAGCAGUACGUCUUCCUGCGGACCACUGGACGCCAGUCUGCCACCUCUGCAACCAGCAGCAAGGCAUUGUGGGAAGUGGAGGUGGUCCAGCAUGACCCAUGUCGGGGUGGAGCAGGUUACUGGAAUAGCUUGUUUAGGUUUAAACACCUGGCAACAGGACACUAUCUGGCCGCUGAGGUGAACCCAGAUUAUGAGGAAGAGUGCCAUGAGUCCCGCUCCUCUCUGGAUUCAGACCAGGAAGCCCUCCGUGCUCGACUGCGCACCACCCAGGAGAAGGUCAUGUACACCCUGGUCUCCGUUCCCGAUGGCAACGAUAUCUCCUCUAUCUUCGAGCUGGACCCUACCACUCUCAGAGGGGGCGAUUCUCUUGUUCCCAGGAACUCGUAUGUGAGGCUCAGACACCUGUGCACCAAUACCUGGGUCCACAGCACCAACAACCCCAUCGACAAGGAGGAGGAGAAGCCGGUGAUGCUGCGAAUCGGCACAUCGCCUCUAAAGGAAGAUAAGGAGGCGUUUGCCAUUGUACCUGUCUCCCCGGCCGAAGUGAGGGACUUGGACUUUGCAAACGACGCCAGCAAAGUGCUGGCAUCCAUUGCGGGCAAGCUGGAGAAGGGCACCAUCACCCAAAACGAGAGGAGGUUUGUCACCAAGCUGCUGGAGGACCUGGUCUUCUUCGUGGUGGAAAUCCCCAACAAUGGGCAGGAUGUCCUGGAGAUCAUGGUGAACAAGCCCAACCGCGAGAGGCAGAAGCUAAUGAGGGAGCAGAACAUCCUCAAACAGAUAUUUAAGCUGCUACAAGCACCAUUCACGGACAGUGGCGACGGGCCUAUGCUGCGAUUGGAGGAGCUGGCUGACCAGCGCCACGCCCCCUUUAGGCACAUCUGCCGCCUGUGCUACCGGGUCCUGCGGCACUCCCAGCAGGACUAUCGCAAGAACCAGGAAUACAUUGCCAAGCAGUUCCGCUUCAUGCAGAAGCAGAUCGGGUAUGACGUGCUGGCCGAGGACACCAUCACGGCCCUGCUGCACAAUAACCGCAAGCUCCUGGAGAAGCACAUCACCGCGGCGGAGAUCGACACCUUCGUCAGCCUGGUGAGGAAGAACCGCGAGCCCAGGUUCCUGGACUACCUUUCUGACCUGUGCGUGUCCAUGAACAAGUCCAUCCCUGUCACCCAGGAGCUCAUAUGCAACGCGGUGCUGGACCCGGCCAACGCAGACAUCCUCAUUGAGACAAAGUUGGUGCUGUCACGGUUCGAGAUCGAAGGUGUGUCGAUGGAGGAGAGCGCAAUGGAGUCAGAGGAGGACGAAGAGGAGGUGUGGCUCUUCUGGAAAGACAGCAACAAGGAGAUCCGAAGCAAGAGCAUCCGAGAGCUGGCCCAGGACGCCAAAGAGGGCCAGAAGGAGGACCAGGAGGUGGUCAGCUACUACAGGUACCAGCUGAACCUGUUCGCUCGCAUGUGUUUGGACCGGCAGUACCUGGCCAUCAACAAGAUCUCAGGUCAGCUGGAUGUGGACCUGAUCCUCCGCUGCAUGUCGGACGAGGAUCUGCCCUACGACCUGCGCGCCUCCUUCUGCCGCAUGAUGCUGCACAUGCACGUGGACCGAGACCCCCAGGAGCAGGUCACGCCCGUCAAGUACGCCCGCCUGUGGUCCGAGAUCCCGUCCAAGAUCGCCAUCGACGACUAUGACAAUGAUGGCACUUCCAAAGACGAGAUUAAGGAACGGUUUGCUCAAACUAUGGAGUUUGUGGAGACUUACCUGAGAGACGUUGUCUGUCAAAACUUCCCCUUCUCCGACAAGGAGAAAAACAAGCUCACCUUUGAGGUUGUGAAUUUGGCCAGGAACCUCAUUUAUUUUGGCUUCUACAACUUCAGUGACCUGCUCAGGUUGACUAAGAUCCUACUGGCCAUUUUGGACUGUGUUCACGUCAGCACUAUAUUCCCCAUUAACAAGCUGGAGAAGGGAGAUGAGACCAAAGGCAGUAACGUGAUGAGGUCCAUCCACGGCGUGGGCGAGCUGAUGACGCAGGUGGUCCUGAGGGGAGGCGGCUUCCUGCCUGCCACCCCCGCCAACCCCCCUGACGGGGAUGUUGUGAAGACGCAGACGGAGCCAGAGAAAGAGGACAUCCUGGUGAUGGACACCAAGCUGAAGAUCAUUGAGAUCCUGCAGUUCAUUCUGAAUGUGAGGCUGGACUACAGGAUCUCUUGCCUGCUCUGCAUUUUCAAGCGGGAGUUUGACGAGAGUAACUCCCAGAACGACCUGUCAUCAGGGGGUCAGGAGGGGCCCAACAACAUGCCCGGAGUACUGGAUUUCGAGCACAUAGAGGAACAGGCAGAGGGGAUUUUCGGAGGAAGUGAGGAAAACACACCCCUGGACCUGGAUGAUCACGGCGGGCGGACAUUCCUGAGGGUCCUCCUCCAUCUGACCAUGCACGACUACCCACCCCUGGUGUCUGGCGCUCUCCACCUGCUCUUCAGGCACUUUAGCCAGAGGCAGGAGGUCCUGCAGGCAUUCAAGCAGGUCCAGCUUCUGGUGACGAGCCAGGACGUGGACAACUACAAGCAGAUCAAGUCGGACUUGGACCAGCUGCGGUCCAUCGUGGAGAAGUCGGAGCUGUGGGUGUAUAAGCGGCAGGGCCCGGAUGAGGUGAUGGACACGGGGGACGGGCCGGUGACAGAGGCGGAGCACAAGAAGGGAGACUCAAGCUCAGGGGGCUCAGACAAACCAAAGAAGCCAGAAAGCACCAGCAGUUAUAAUUACAGAGUUGUGAAAGAGAUUCUGCUCCGGCUGAGCAAGCUGUGCGUCCAGGAGGGAACGUCGGGUCGCAAGAGCAAGAAGCAGCAGCAGAGGCUCCUGAGAAACAUGGGGGCCCAUGCUGUGGUGCUGGAGCUGCUGCAGAUCCCCUAUGAGAAGGGAGAAGAUGUCCGCAUGCAGGAGAUCAUGAAGCUGGCCCACCAGUUCCUCCAGAACUUCUGCGCUGGAAACCAGCAGAACCAGGCGCUGCUCCAUAAGCACAUCAACCUCUUCCUCAACCCUGGGAUCCUGGAGGCGGUCACCAUGCAGCACAUCUUCAUGAACAACUUCCAGCUGUGCAGCGAGAUCAACGAGCGGGUAGUGCAGCACUUUGUCCACUGCAUCGAGACGCACGGCCGCAACGUCCAGUACCUCAAGUUCCUGCAGACCAUUGUCAAAGCCGAGGGCAAGUUCAUCAAGAAAUGCCAGGACAUCGUGAUGGCUGAGCUGGUGAAUGCGGGCGAGGACGUGCUGGUCUUCUACAACGACCGCGCCUCCUUCCAGACGCUGGUGCAGAUGAUGCGUUCGGAGCGCGACCGCAUGGACGAGAACAGCCCGCUCAUGUACCACAUCCACCUGGUGGAGCUGCUGGCCGUCUGCACCGAGGGCAAGAACGUCUACACCGAGAUCAAGUGCAACUCGCUGCUGCCGCUGGACGACAUCGUCCGGGUGGUGACGCACGAGGACUGCAUCCCCGAGGUGAAAAUAGCAUACAUCAACUUUCUGAACCACUGCUAUGUGGACACAGAAGUGGAAAUGAAGGAGAUCUACACCAGUAACCAUAUGUGGAAGCUCUUUGAGAACUUCCUGGUGGACAUCUGCAGGGUGUGUAACAACACCAGUGACAGGAAGCAUGCAGACACCAUCCUGGAGAGCUACGUAACCGAGACAGUCAUGAGCAUUGUCACCACGUUCUUCAGCUCUCCCUUCUCCGACCAGAGCACCAGCCUACAGACUCGGCAGCCAGUGUUUGUUCAGCUCCUGCAGGGAGUCUACAGGGUGUAUCACUGUAACUGGCUGGUUCCUAUACAAAAGGGCUCUGUUGAGAGCUGUAUCAAGGUCCUCUCUGACGUGGCCAAAAGCCGGGCUAUAGCCAUACCUGUGGACCUGGACAGCCAGGUCAACAACCUCUUUGUCAAGUCCAACAACAUUGUGCAGAAGACCGCCAUGAGCUGGCGCCAGACGGCCCGGAAUGCAGCACGGAGAGACUCUGUUCUGACCGCCUCGCGUGAUUACAGGAACAUCAUCGAGAGGCUGCAGGACAUCGUGUCCUCGCUGGAGGAGCGGCUGCUGCCGCUGGUGCAGGCCGAGCUCUCCGUCCUGGUGGACGUGCUGCACCGCCCGGAGCUGCUCUUCCCGGAAAACACCGACUCCCGCAGGAAGUGCGAGAGUGGCGGCUUCAUCUGCAAGCUGAUCAAGCACACCAAGCAGCUGCUGGAGGAGAACGAGGAGCGUCUGUGCAUCAAGGUGCUGCAGACACUGCGGGAGAUGAUGACCAAGGACCGGGGCUACGGGGAGAAGCUGAUUGCCUUUGAUGAUGAAAUGGAUGUGGCUGAGGAGCACGAUCAAAACCCGCCUCAGAAGCAGCUGGAGGAUCAGAAGAGGGGUGAGGCGCUGAGGCAGAUUCUGGUGAACCGUUACUAUGGCAACUUCCGGCCCGGAGGGAGGAGGGACAGCCUGACGAGUUUCAGCAAUGGCCCUGUCAGUGCAGGUGGGCCUGGCAAGACCCAAACAGGUGGUGGAGGGGGGUCGGGGGCCCUGAGUCGGGGGGAGAUGAGCCUGGCAGAGGUGCAGUGUCAUCUGGACAAGGAGGGUGCGUCGGACUUGGUCAUUGACCUCAUCAUGAACACCACCAGUGACCGCGUCUUCCACGAGAGCAUUUUGCUGGCCAACGCACUGCUUGAAGGUGGAAACACCACCAUACAGCGUUCUUUCUACUGCCGUCUUACAGAAGACAAGAAAUCUGAAACGUUCUUCAGGGUUUUCUAUGAUCGGAUGAAGCUGGCCCAGCAGGAGAUCAAGGCCACAGUGACGGUCAACACCAGUGACCUCGGGAAUAAGAAGAAGGAUGACGACAACCUGGACAGGGACAUGCCCUUGCGGAAGAAAGUGAAGGACGCAGCCGUCGUGGUAACGGAGGAGGUGCGCGAGCAGCUGUUGGAGGCCUCCUCUGCCACCAAAAAGGCCUACAACUCGUACCGGCGAGAGGCCGACCCAGAGGAGCACUUCGCCUCCACCGACGGGCACCCCAGCGGGGGAGACAAGAGCCAGGGGGACGGAGAGAUGAGCUUCGUCAUCACCAUCAUGGGGCCCAUCCUGCGCUUCCUGCAGCUGCUGUGCGAGAACCACAACCGCGACCUGCAGAACUUCUUGCGCUGCCAGAACAACAAGAACAACUACAACCUGGUGUGCGAGACGCUGCAGUUCCUGGACUGCAUCUGCGGCAGCACCACGGGUGGCCUGGGCCUGCUCGGCCUCUACAUCAACGAGAAGAACGUGCGCCUCAUCGUCCAGACCGUGGAAAGCCUGACCGAGUACUGCCAGGGCCCCUGCCACGAGAACCAGAACUGCAUUGCCACUCACGAAUCAAAUGGAAUCGACAUCAUCAUUGCCCUCAUACUCAACGACAUAAACCCACUGGGGAAGAAGAGGAUCGACUUGGUACUGAAGCUAAAGAACAAUGCCUCUAAGCUGCUACUGGCUAUCAUGGAGAGCCGUCACGACAGUGAGAACGCAGAAAGGAUUCUGUACAACAUGAGGCCCAAGGAGCUGGUGGAGGUGAUCAAGAAGGCUUACAUGCAGGGGGAGGUGGAGUUCGAGGACCCCGAGGAGGAGGAGGAGAACGGGGAGGAGCAUGCUGCCUCGCCUCGGAACGUGGGCCACAACAUCUACAUCCUCGCCCAUCAGCUUGCACGACACAACAAGGAGCUGCAGGCCAUGCUUAAACCCGGAGGUGCCAAUGGAGAAGGGGACGAGGCCCUGGAGUUCUACGCCAAACACACAGCCCAGAUUGAGAUCGUGCGGCAGGAUCGCACCAUGGAAGAGAUCGUCUUCCCCGUCCCCAACAUCUGCGAGUUCCUCACCAGCGAGUCCAAGCUGCGCGUGUACUACACCACCGAGCGAGACGAGCAGGGCAGCAAGAUCAACGACUUCUUCCUGCGGGCCGAGGACCUCUUCAACGAGAUGAACUGGCAGAAGAAGCUGCGAGCCCAGCCAGUCCUGUACUGGUGCUCCCGCAACAUGUCCUUCUGGAGCAACAUCUCCUUCAACCUGGCCGUCCUCAUGAACCUGCUGGUGGCCUUCUUCUACCCGCUGGAGGGGGUGCGAGGAGGCACCCUGGAGCCACACCUGUCUGCCCUGCUGUGGAUGGGCAUGUUCGUGUCUCUGGCCAUCGUCAUCGCCCUGCCCCAGCCGCACGGUAUCCGGGCGCUGAUCGCCUCCACCAUCCUGCGGCUCAUCUUCUCUGUGGGCCUGGAGCCCACGCUCUUCCUGCUUGGGGCUUUCAACGUCUGCAAUAAGAUAAUCUUCCUGAUGAGCUUUGUUGGGAAUCGUGGGACAUUCACGAGGGGCUACAAGGCCAUGAUCCUGGACAUGGAGUUCCUCUAUCACCUCCUCUACCUUAUCAUCUGUAGCCUCGGUGUGUUUGUUCAUGUCUUCUUCUACAGUCUGCUGCUUUUUGACCUUGUCUACAGAGAAGAGACGCUGCUGAACGUGAUCAAGAGUGUGACGCGCAAUGGCCGCUCCAUCGUCCUGACCGCGGUGCUGGCGCUCAUCCUGGUCUAUCUCUUCUCCAUCGUCGGGUACAUCUUCUUCAAGGACGACUUCAUCCUGGAGGUGGACAAGAUACCCAACGCGACCGUAGAGGGAGGGGCGAGCAUGGCGGGCGAGUUUCUGUCUGCGGGUGUGUGCCGGACAGACAGCGGGGAGAACUGCUCCACGGAGGUCAUCGUGGAUGCCCUCACCACGGAGGUGUCGGAGGACGACUCCGAGGACAAGGAGCGCACCUGUGACUCGCUGCUCAUGUGCAUCGUCACGGUCCUGAGCCACGGGCUGCGGAGUGGGGGAGGGGUCGGGGACGUCCUGCGCAAGCCAUCCAAAGAGGAGCCUCUGUUCGCUGCCCGGGUGAUCUACGACCUCCUGUUCUUCUUCAUGGUCAUCAUCAUCGUCCUCAACCUGAUCUUCGGAGUCAUCAUCGACACCUUCGCCGACCUCAGGAGCGAGAAGCAGAAGAAGGAGGAGGUCCUCAAGACGACCUGCUUCAUCUGCGGGCUGGAGAGGGACAAGUUCGACAAUAAGACGGUGACUUUUGAGGAGCACAUCAAGGAGGAGCACAAUAUGUGGCACUAUCUGUACUUCAUCGUACUGGUGAAGGUGAAGGACUCCACCGAGUACACGGGACCCGAGAGCUACGUGGCUGAGAUGAUCAAGGAACACAACCUGGACUGGUUCCCUCGGAUGAGGGCCAUGUCGCUGGUCAGCAGCGAUGCAGAGGGCGAGCAGAACGAGAUCCGCAACCUGCAGGAGAAGCUGGAGUCCACCAUGAAGCUGGUGGCCAACCUCUCCGGCCAGCUGACCGAACUCAAGGAACAGAUGACUGAGCAGAGGAAGCAGAAGCAGCGCAUCGGACUCCUGGGCCACCCGCCGCACAUGAACGUCAACCCCCAGCAGCCGGCGUGACGGGCGCUGCGACGGGGCAUUCCAGAGGACCGGCGGGAGCCGGGGCGUGCUGCCGCACCCCGUCCCAUCCUGCCUCUCCCAAGCACCUAGCGUUUCUGAACGUGCAGCGAGCGGAAAUAACCCCCAGCACAUGCAUGUGAAAGUUCAGUCCACCGAGGUACCUGUAUACAGCUCUGUUUUUGGCCACACCCCCACACCCUUUUCCCGUACCACUCUGAAUCAGUGCCAGUUUGUCAUGAUGGUGAU